AUGGCGGUCAGGGCACCUUACCUUGGCCUGCGAGGCAAGCGCCUGACAACAGCGCUGAUUGCAAUGGUUGUCUGUCCCGCCUACAUUUUAAUCGGCUAUAACAACGCCGCCGCUGGUGGUUUGUUGACACUUCCAUCCUUCGUUGAGACCUUCCCGAGGAUUGAUACUGUCAAUACGACGGGCAAACAGCAGGCGGACAAUGCAAGGAUUCAGGGUACCGUUGUGGCACUGUACACCGUUGGUUGCAUGUUCGGCUCUCUUCUGUGUCUGAAGCUCGGCGAUAAGCUCGGUCGUCUGCGCACCAUCAUGAUAGGCUCCGUCAUCGAGAUCGUCGGCGCGAUCAUUAUGUGCACCUCUUUCUCUCUGGGACAGCUCAUUGUCAGCCGUGUCAUUCUCGGCUUCGGUUUCGGUGCCAUCAGUGCCACAGUUCCCGUCUGGCAGUCUGAGUGCUCUCCCGCCGAACACCGUGGAGCGCUGGUUGUGCUUGAGGGGAUGUUUGCAAGCUGUGGCCUGGCGCUCAGCCAGUGGGUCGAGUUGGGCUUCUUUUUUGCACCGGGCAGCGUGAGCUGGCGGUUCCCCUGGGCGUUUCCGAUUGUGCUCGCCAUCUGGAUUCUGACAGCUUGCAUGUUCCUGCCUGAUUCGCCAAGGUGGUUGGUCAAGAAGGGACGCAUUGCCGAAGCGACCACCAUCCUUGCCAUUCUUGAAGACCUUCCUGAGGAUUCGCCUGAGAUCCAGACCUCCAUUCACGAGAUGCAGAAGUCACUCGCGGAGAUGGGCAAAGGCAGCCUCCUAGGCCUUUUCCGCAACAAGGGUGACCGACUGCUAAAUCGCACCUUUUUGGCAUGUUUCAGCACCUUUUCGCAGCAGAUGAACGGCGCGGGCGUCAUUGGGUUUUAUACGACCACCAUCUUUGAGCAAUAUGUUGGUCUUUCAGCACUCACCUCCCGUAUUCUAUCGGGAUCAGUGUACACCUGGCAGAUCGCCUGCUCAUUCUUGACCAUCUACACUGUCGAUCGCUUCGGCCGCCGCCCGUUGAUGCUUCUCGGUGCCGCAGGCAUGGGCGCAGUCUUCAUCGUCCUUGUCGGUACUGUCGGACACGCCGCAGAUUCUCGCGCAUGCUCGAUCGUGUCAGCUCUAUGUGUCUUUUUGUACGGCUUCUUCUUUACCGUAGGCGCGCUGGGUGUCAAUUAUCUCUACGGAACAGAAGUCGCUCCCUUGGCAUACCGCGUGCCGAUUUACAGCCUGACCUCGACGACCCUGUGGAGCAUCAACUUCCUCGUGGUGGAGAUUACGCCAAUUGGGUUUACGAACCUGGGAAACAAGUUCUUCAUUAUCUUUGCCGUUACCAACCUGUGUCUAAUUCUCCCCGUGGUAUACUUCUUCUUCCCUGAGACGCGCAAGCAUUCACUCGAAGCCAUCGACGCCGUUUUCAAGGGCGCCACCAGCCCUUUCGACGUCGUCCGCCGUGCUAAGAAGCUCCCCUCCGAUGUCGUGCGACGGGAUGAUGCAAUCCAUAUGGUUGAAGCUGGAAAGUCGGAUGAGGUGAACACGUCGCAGGAGGGGGAGGAGUCCCAAAAUGAGAAGGCCGUUUAUCAAAUGGUGGAGAAAGUUGCAUAA